AUGGCAACCUGGGUGUUCCAACAGGAUGGUGCAUCCAUGCACAGGUCUACAUUCACGCGCAGCUGGCUUACUGAAAGGAGUGUGAGGACCAUAGAUUGGCCUGCGAAAUCCCCAUACCUCAAUAUUAUUCAAAACAUAUGGGGCAUUAUGGCUCGCCGCGUCUACGCACGCCAGAGACAGUUUGAUAAAAUUGCGCAACUCAAAGAGGUUAUUGAAGAGGUUUGGGCGACUACUAGAUGUGAAGUUUUACAGAAGCAGUAUCGUAGCAUUCCUAGAUGCAUGCUUGCAGUACUGGAUAGCAAGGGGCGCGCGACAAAGUACUAG